AUGGUGGCUCCUGGUUCAGGGGCGGGGCCAAGACAUCUUUCUCCACCGGCACCGCCCAGGCCUGCUGACUCCUGGGGUCGCCUCUCCCAGCCCCGGCUUAGGCUCGGGCCCGCACCCCGCCUCGCUAGGAAUCACGGACAGCAGCCCAGCGGCACCGCGAGGACCGGGACAAGCACCCUCCGUCGCCGAGACGCUGGCGCCAGAGCCCCCCUACCCUACGGGUCAGCAUGGCCACCGCGGGGUCCCAGCUGCAGAGGCGGCGGCGGAACCCGCGCAGCGCCCUCGGCACAUCGGAAAAGGGAAGGAGGAAGGACCUCGGAAAAGGGCGCAGGGUGCGGAGGGCGCCUUACCUGUGGCGCGUCAGCCCAGCCGCGGUCUCGGGCGGCGGCCCGCGGGCACGGUCGCCGGCUCGGAGCGAUGACGUACGAGGGGCGGGAGCGCGGCACCCACGGCAGCCGCCUCGCAGGCACUUCCGCCCGGCCUUCCCGGAGCCGGAGCCGGCGGCCCCUCGCAGGCACUCGGCCGGUGGGUGGCGGAAGUCGCCUUCACUUCCGCCCUCUCGGGGGCGGGGCUUACCGCCGCUCCUCGCUGCACUUCCGGCUGCGGGGCAGCUGCUGUGGCUCCCAGAUGAUGGAGACGGAGCGACUCGUGCUGCCUCCCCCGGACCCCCUGGACCUGCCUCUUCGGGCUGUGGAGCUGGGAUGCACUGGGCGCUGGGCGCUGCGGAAUGUGCCGGGGGCUCCGGAGAGCACGCUUCCCCACGGCCUCCCUCCCUGUGCCCCAGAUCUGCAGCACGAAGCCGAGCAGCGGUUCCUGUCGUCGCCAGCCUGGCUGCCUCUGCAUGGCCUGGAGCACUCAGCUCGAAAGUGGCAGAGGAAGAUGGAUCCUUGGUCUCUCCUUACUGUCCUGGGGGCCCCAGUCCCCUCCGACCUGCAAGCCCAGAGACAGCCAACCACGGGCCAGAUACUGGGCUUCAAGGAGGUCCUGCUGGAGAAUACAGACCUGUCGGCCACCACCUCCUUAUCUCUUCGCCGGCCACCAGGGCCCAUCUCCCAGUCCUUGUGGGGGAAUCCAACACAGUACCCUUUCUGGCCAGGUGGAAUGGAUGAGCCCACCCUCACAGAGCUGAGCACCCGGGAGGAGGCUGAGGAGGAGAUAGACUUUGAGAAAGACCUCCUUACCGUUCCACCUGGCUUCAAGAGAGGUGUGGACUUUGCACCAAAGGAUCACCCAGCUCCAGCGCCUGGGUUGCUCAGCCUCAGCCGUCUGCUAGAGCCCCUGGAUCUGGGUGGGGGCGACGAAGACGAGAGGGAGGCAGUGGGACAGCCAGGAGGUACCAGAGGAGACACUGUUCCAGCCUCUCCCUGCAGUGCUCCCGUGGCCAGAGCAAGCAGCUUGGAGGACCUAGUGUUGAAGGAAGCGUCCACAGUUGUGUCCCCUUCAGAGCCCCCCAAGCCCCUCCCUCAGGAGCAGUGGGCCAUUCCUGUGGAUGUCACCUCCCCCGUUGGUGACUUCUACCGCCUCGUUCCCCAGCCAGCCUUCCAGUGGCCAUUUGAGCCUGAUGUGUUCCAGAAACAGGCCAUCCUGCACCUGGAACGGCACGACUCGGUGUUUGUGGCGGCUCACACAUCUGCAGGGAAGACGGUUGUGGCCGAAUACGCCAUUGCCCUUGCCCAGAAGCACAUGACGCGCACCAUCUACACUUCCCCUAUCAAGGCUCUGAGUAACCAGAAGUUCCGAGACUUCCGAAACACAUUCGGGGACGUGGGGCUGCUUACGGGGGACGUCCAGCUGCACCCAGAGGCCUCCUGCCUCAUCAUGACGACAGAGAUCCUUCGCUCCAUGCUGUACAGCGGCUCAGACGUCAUCCGGGACCUGGAGUGGGUCAUCUUCGAUGAGGUUCACUACAUCAACGACGCGGAGCGCGGGGUCGUGUGGGAGGAGGUGCUCAUCAUGCUCCCUGACCAUGUCUCCAUCAUCCUUCUGAGUGCCACUGUCCCCAACGCCCUUGAGUUUGCUGACUGGAUUGGACGACUGAAGCGCCGCCAGAUCUACGUGGUCAGCACUGCCGCCCGCCCCGUGCCGCUGGAGCAUUAUCUCUUCACGGGGAACAGCCCCAAGACCCAGGGGGAGCUCUUCCUGUUGCUGGACUCGCGAGGCACCUUCCACACAAAGGGGUACUAUGCAGCAGUGGAGGCCAAGAAGGAGAGGAUGAGCAAACACGCCCAGACCUUUGGGGCCAAGCAGCCCACGCAUCAGGGGGGGCCUGCACAGGACCGCGGUGUGUACCUGUCCCUCCUGGCCUCCCUCCGCACCCGUGCGCAGCUGCCCGUGGUGGUGUUCACCUUCUCCCGGGGCCGCUGUGACGAGCAGGCUUCGGGCCUCACCUCCCUGGACCUCACCACGAGCUCAGAGAAGAGCGAGAUUCACCUCUUCCUGCAGCGCUGCCUUGCUCGCCUCCGCGGCUCUGACCGGCAGCUGCCCCAGGUGCUGCACAUGUCGGAGCUCCUGCACCGAGGCCUGGGCGUGCACCACAGCGGCAUCCUGCCCAUUCUCAAGGAAAUUGUGGAGAUGCUCUUCAGCCGCGGCCUGGUCAAGGUCUUGUUCGCCACAGAGACCUUUGCCAUGGGUGUCAACAUGCCGGCCCGAACGGUGGUGUUUGACUCCAUGCGAAAGCACGACGGCAACGCCUUCCGGGACCUGCUCCCCGGGGAGUACGUGCAGAUGGCGGGCCGCGCGGGCCGCAGGGGCCUGGACCCCACGGGCACCGUCAUCCUGCUCUGCAAGGGCCGCGUGCCCGAGAUGGUGGACCUGCACCGCAUGAUGACGGGUAAACCAUCGCAGCUGCAGUCUCAGUUCCGCCUCACGUACACCAUGAUCCUCAACCUGCUGCGGGUGGACGCCCUCAGGGUGGAGGACAUGAUGAAGAGGAGCUUCUCCGAGUUUCCGUCCCGCAAGGACAGCAAGGCCCAAGAACAGGCUCUGGCUGAAUUAACCAAGAAGCUGGGGGCCUUGGAGGAGCCUGACCUGACUGGCCAACUGGUGGACCUGCCCGAGUAUUACAGCUGGGGAGAGGAGCUGACAGAGACCCGCAGCUUGAUCCAGGUCAGCGGGGGUGCGGGCAGACGGAGGAGGGGAAGACAGGGCGGCACUCUGGGCGCCCGGGAACUGGUCCCUGCAUCCCUGACUGCCUCCUUCAUCCGUGUGCACAUCCCCGCUCCUCAGCGACGUGUCAUGGAGUCUGUCAACGGGCUGAAGUCCCUCUCGGCCGGGAGGGUGGUGGUUGUGAAGACUCAGGAGCAUCACAACGCACUGGGUGUGAUCCUGCAGGUCUCCUCGAACUCCACCAGCAGGGCAUUCACCACUCUGGUCUUGUGUGAUAAACCCGUGUCUGAGGACCCACAGGAGAGGCGCUCGGCCUCCCCAGGUGUGCCCUACCCAGAGGACCUGGUGGGAUUCAAACUGUUCCUGCCUGAAGGGCCCUGUGACCACACUGUGGCCAAGCUCCAGCCCGGAGACGUGGCUGCCAUCACCACCAAAGUGCUCCGGGUGAACGGGGAGAAGAUCUUGGAAGACUUCAGCAGGAGGCAGCAGCUGAAAUUCAAGUCCGAUGCUGGGGAGGCCCCUUUCCCGGGGAGGGACCACGUGGGGGGAGUGGGAGGCAGGGCUGGGAGGCCCGCAGCCCAUCUCAGGACCUGCUCCUUCCUCAGGAAGGACCCUCCCCUCGCUGCUGUGACCACUGCUGCCCAGGAAUUGCUGCGCCUGGCUCAGGCCCACCCGACAGGACCCCCUACCCUUGACCCUGUCAACGACUUGCAGCUUAAGGAUGUGUCAGUGGUUGAGGGAGGACUCCGGGCCCGGAAGCUAGAGGAGUUGAUCCGGGGGGCUCAGUGCGUGCACAGCCCCCGUUUCCCUGCCCAGUACCUGAAGCUGCAGGAGCGAAGGCAGCUACAGAAGGAGAUAGAGCGGCUGCGCUUCCUGCUGUCAGACCAGUCGCUGCUGCUGCUCCCCGAGUACCACCAGCGAGUAGAGGUGCUCCGAACUCUGGGCUAUGUAGACGAGGCGGGCACGGUGAAGCUGGCGGGGCGCGUGGCUUGUGCCAUGAGCAGCCAUGAGCUGCUCCUCACCGAGCUCAUGUUCGACAACGCUCUGAGUGCCCUGCGGCCGGAGGAGAUAGCAGCCCUGCUCUCCGGCCUGGUCUGCCAGAGCCCCGGGGACACUGGGGAGCAGCUCCCAAGUACCCUCAAACAGGGAGUGGAACGUGUCCGCGCGGUGGCCAAGCGGAUUGGUGAGGUCCAGGUGGCCUGUGGCCUGAACCAGACAGUGGAAGAAUUUGUAGGGGAGCUGAAUUUCGGGCUGGUCGGGGUUGUGUACGAGUGGGCCCGGGGCAUGCCCUUCUCGGAGUUGGCAGGGCUCUCGGGGACGCCCGAGGGCCUGGUGGUCCGCUGCAUCCAGCGCCUGGCCGAGAUGUGUCGCUCACUGCGAGGGGCGGCCCGCCUGGUCGGCGAGCCUGUGCUGGGUGCCAAGAUGGAGACGGCAGCUACCCUGCUGCGGAGGGACAUCGUCUUUGCAGCUAGCCUCUACACGCAGUGAAUGGCCCCAUGGGGAA